AAAAAGACAGUACUUAAAUUAAGUACUUCACUUAUAAUUGUCAUAAAAUUUAAAUAUAUAAAAAAAAAGAAAAAAAAAUUGGAUAAUCCCGAAAAAAAUGGGGGACUUCUCAUACUGCCCAGACUGCAAGAAGAGCACGGAGGUGGUGUUUGACCACGCCGCCGGCGACACCGUCUGCGUCGAGUGCGGCCUUGUUUUGGAGGCGCACUCCAUCGACGAAACCUCCGAGUGGCGGACUUUCGCAAACGAAGGCCACGAUAAUGACCCUGUCCGUGUUGGUGGGCCCACUAACCCGUUACUCGCCGACGGUGGACUUUCCACCGUCAUCGCUAAACCUAAUGGAUCUUCCGGCGACUUUCUUACUUCUUCGUUAGGCCGGUGGCAGUCUCGUGGGUCGAAUCCUGACCGGAAUCUUAUUCAGGCUUUCAAGUCUAUUGCCACCAUGGCUGACAGGUUGGGUCUUGUUUCGACCAUCAAGGAUCGAGCUAAUGAGAUAUAUAAAAAGGUUGAAGACCAGAAACCCCUUAGAGGAAGGAAUCAAGAUGCAAUUUUGGCUGCUUGUCUCUAUAUUGCUUGUCGACAAGAAGACAAACCCAGAACUGUAAAAGAGAUAUGCUCGGUUGCUAACGGGGCCACAAAGAAGGAAAUUGGCCGUGCAAAAGAGUUCAUUGUCAAGCAACUAGAGGGAGAGAUGGGUCAGUCGGUGGAAAUGGGAGCUAUUCAUGCAGGAGAUUUCUUGAGGCGUUUUUGUUCGCAUUUAGGCAUGGAUAAGCAAGUUGUAAAAGCUGCCCAAGAAGCUGUAUUGAAAUCUGAAGAGCUCGAUGUGAGGAGGAGCCCGAUUUCAAUUGCUGCAGCUAUUAUUUAUAUUAUUACCCAACUUUCUGGCGAUAAGAAACCACUCAAAGAUAUUUCUCUUGCAACCGGGGUAGCUGAGGGCACGAUAAGGAAUUCUUACAAGGACCUUUAUCCCCAUAUUUCGAGGAUAAUACCAAGCUGGUAUGCCAAGGAAGACGACCUUAAGAACUUAAGCAAUCCUUGAGAACCCGUUUCAGGUUAAUUGUAGAAGAAACUGUAAAAACUUGUUAGCUUAAUGAACAUGAAAUGACAUGAUAGUGUUAGAUGCAAGCCAUUUGUUUGAGGUGACCGAUUCAUUAACCUUAUUGAUCAUCUCUUUUAGGUGGGUGUUUGCUGGUUAGGUUAAUAGAUCUUGUUCAUUUGUAUUAUAUCUGAUGUUAGGUUUUCGAUCUUCUGCUGUAUGUACUCGAGGUAGCCACAUCGUGUAAUGUGUAACGCUUUAGUACCUCGAAUUACUUUCAGGAAUUUAAAUGAUACUCUCUUCUGAUUAA